UUUUUUACUUUCGGUUUGUACUUGCUCCUCUGGUUUGACGAGGUGCGCCCAGGUCCGUGUUUGGGAAGUAAUAUAGAAGUUUUCUACUUCUACAAGGCUUCAUCAGACUUAGUGAAAACUCCUCCAGACAGUGCAGGGAAUGGAGUUCCAGCAGCUGCUGCAUAACGUGGGGAAGGCCCUGACUACGGACAAUGUAAAAGCUCUAGCAUUUCUUUGCACCGACAUCCUGAAACGAAACACGGAAUCUGUGAAGUCACCCACUGACCUCUUCACUCGUCUGAUGCAACAAGACCAUCUCUCGCAAGAGCGACCAUACCUGCUGACUGAGCUUCUGCGCACCAUACAACGCAUCGACCUAGUCAGAGAAUUCCAUCUCAACAACAGAGAACCUACAAGCCUCAUCUCUCCCUACAGGAAGCUCCUCUACAACCUGUCCGAGGAGUUGACUACUGACCACUUGAAGGAAAUGAAGUUCUUGUUGAACAAGAUGCUCCCAAGCAAAGCAGUGGAGGAAAAUACUUCUUUGCUGGAAGUCUUCCUGUGUAUGGAGCAGAGGGACCUCCUGGGUGACAAUAACUUAAACCUACUGGAGGAUAAGAUUGAGCGAGUCUGUCCCAGGCUAAAAGUACAGAUCACCCAGUUCAAGGCACAGCAGGUCAUCUUUUCAGAAUCCUCUUUUACGACUAUAGGUUUAAGCACUGAAGCAAGCAACAGUGCCUGCUCACCAGGUUAUUUGUGCAGUGAUACUGUAGACGUUUCGGGUUCUCAAGAAAACAGGACCUUCUCUGAAAAUCAGACAUCUACAAACAGUAAGGCUUUGAGAAGAUAUUCCAUGACUCAAGCAAAGAGAGGUAUCUGCUUGAUUAUCAACAACUGCAAUUUCUCUCGGUCCAGCCUCAAAUAUCGUGCGGGCACCAUGGUUGAUGAACAGUGUCUGAGCCAUGUGUUUAAGUGGCUGGGCUUUGACGUUGAGGUACAUCUAGACUGCACGAGUGAGAAGAUGCUGUCUGUGUUGCGGGAGCUCGGUGGGAGAGACCACAGGCAGAUGGACUGCGUGGCGUGCUGUGUUCUCAGCCACGGCCAGGAGGGAAGCGUUUACGGUGUAGACACUCAAACUGUCGACAUCAAAGUUCUGAAGGAGCCUUUGAAUGCACUUAACUGCCCGACUUUAGCAGAAAAACCCAAACUGUUCUUCGUCCAGGCUUGCCAGGGCCAAAAGGAGCAGGAUGCUGUGUACAUCGAGGCCGAUGGCCCCGAACCAAGUCUUGUUUGUAGUGAUGCUCUUAAAGAUUCCAUCCCAGCAGAGGCUGAUUUCCUGAUGUCGAUGGCCACCGUUCCUUCCUUUGUCUCUUUCAGAGAUAAGAAGAAGGGCACCUGGUUUAUUCAGUCAUUGUGCAAAAACCUCGUCGAGUUGGUGCCAGGGGGCUUGGACCUCUUGUCCAUCCUGACCAAAGUGAAUGAUGAUGUGAGCCUCAAGACCAAAACCGAAGGUGAAAAAAAGCAGAUGCCUCAGCAAGCCUCCACGCUCAGGAAGAAUGUGGUCUUCCCGGUGCCUAAGACCCCUUCCCCCCACCUGCCUUCUGUUUGAUUGACAUUAAAACGAUCCCCCAAGGACGAAGGGAAGCUUCAUCCAAAUGUGUUCAUACUUCUUAUAACUCCUGGGCCAUCUACUAUUCAACGAUGUAGUUGGACACUUGAAAGUCAACCUGUAGUUGAGAUGAUUUUUUUUCAAUGACACAGUCUUACUGGUUUGUUUACACACAAGUACCAGCCCUGCUCCUCUAGUUGUAGCAUUUUCAAAGCUAAGUAUUUGUACUGUCUGCUGUAGCGAAUCUAUGAAUCAUCUCGCUCUCAGCCUUUAUUUUAUUUCAUUAUCAUUUUAUUUUACAUGCACUUUUAAAUUACACUGACACUGUGGACCAAUUGUUCCUGGGGCAACUACCAAAGUUUUAUUCUUCAAAUGUUUUUUGUCAACCAUUGUCAUUUAAAAUAUGCAAAUACGGUCCACAAGGUUGUCCCACAUCAUAAAUCCAGGAAAUCUUUAAUGCUAUUGUGAAAAUAUUUUGUCAAUUGAACAUCCAUUCAUUCUGUGUGUUUGUAUUAAACUGGGACUCUUCAAACUCUA